AUGGCGGGUGGUCAGCACUCACUUCCGGCGCUGCUACUGGGAGUGCGCAGAUGUAAACUUCCGCCGAAAGUGUCGGACAGCAGCAAACUUCCGGUGCUUUACCGGAAGUAUCCGGCAGCCAACUUCCGGCGCGAUCAUUUGAACUUCCUGCAGGAACCCCUGCAGCGUCCGUUCCAUCCCGGUACAGCCAUGGCGUUCCCACAACCUCGGCCCGCCCGACCCGAGCUGCCCCGGAAGCACGUGCGGACCAUCGAGUGCGGGCAGGGAGCAGUGCGAGCCGUGCGCUUCAACGUGGACGGCAAUUAUUGCCUGACGUGCGGCAGCGACAAGACCUUAAAGCUGUGGAACCCACACAAGGGCACAGCGCUGCGCAGCUACCAGGGCCACGGCUACGAGGUGUUGGACGCCGCCGGGUAA